CAUCGUUGCCAUCCUCACCUCCUCCCACCUCUGUCGUCAUCGUCGUGGCCUUCGAUUCACGCCACCUCGUCCACCCUGGUCCCGUUCGAAAUCGCCAUCGACCAACCCCCGGUGAGCAGCGUUGAUUUUCCCCCUUUCCCCAUCGUUUUAGUCGACGUAGGCCGCCGUCUGCUACCUACCAUGGCCGGGCCUGAAACUUACUGCGUGUGCGCGCGCUUGCCAAGCUCACCACGCCUACCGUCCCGCUCGAUUUUGUCUACCGCUGCUCCUGCGCUUCAGCGGCUGCUCUCGGCCUCCCUGGUCCACGCCCGUUGGUGUUAGACUAUGCUUUGGUCUACUGUUGGACUUGGUGUUACCGAUCAGAGCUGGUCGUAUGCUCCAUGCACCCAUCGCCCUUGCAUGACGCAUGCAAGGCUGCUAGCCGCACUCUUAUCUUCCGAUCGAUCUAAGAUCGAUUGUUAGUCUGUUUACGUGCGUGUGUAUCUCUCUCCCUCUCUCUCAUGUACUCUAUUAUAUAUUAACCCACUGUGGAUGAAUACGAGUAUGUGAUGCAUUGCAAUCCCUAGUCUAUCUUUUAUCAUGGUAUCAGAUUAGAUCCUUCCCCUGCUUCCGCCAUGGACGCCGAGGCCGCCGCCGCCGCCGCCGUGGCGGCUACACCUCCGGCGCCCUCCUCCCAACCUCUGGGCUCCAUCCCGCAGCCUCCUCCUCCACCUCCUCCUCACUCCCCUGUGGUACACACGCCUCUCCCUCUCCAGACCGCGCCGUCAGUCGCCGGCUUCCCUUCUGCGGCCUAUAUCCAUGCGAUGCGCGUUGAGAGUGCCCACAUCAACCUCGGCGUCCGCCUCGAUAUGGAAGGGGCCAACUACUCGACUUGGCGUGGCCUCAUGCUCGAGGUCAUUGACCAGUACGAUGUGGCGGCUUGGAUCGCGCCGGACUUCACCAACCGCGCCGGCGAUGUGGCGUGAACAUCGUCAACAAAGCCGGCAAGCGCUGGUUCUACGGCUCCAUGGUCACGGAGCUUGCCGGCUUCAUCCUCAACAGAGAAUCCACGACGGCCGAGCUGUGGUCCUCCAUCGAGUCCUUGUUCGUCAACAAUAGGCGCUCUCGGCGCUUCCAGCUCACGGCGAAGCUCUUCGCCGUCAAGCAAGUUGGUAUGCUCCUCCAGGACGAGAUCGACGCUGACUUCUCCCCCUCCGACGUCUCCCACACCGCCCUCGCCGUCCAGAAGCACCCACCUGCCCCUGCCUCCUCCUCUGGCGGGCAAGCCAGGCCUCCUGUGCUCGGGCAGGGCGGCCCCAAGCCUGGCACUCCUUUGCCAAACUAGGGGAACAACAAGCGGCGCCGCUACACCAACAACGACGGCUAUCAAGGCGCCGCCAACUCGCCGCCGCCCUGGACUGGGCAUGUGUACGUGUACCCCGUCUCGCUACCGCCUACGCCUCGUCCGCAGGGGAUCCUCGGGCCGUGCCCAGCUCAGGCCUACACGACCAACGCGCCGCUCCAGUACGGCGGUGUGCCGUACGUACCGAUGGGCUAAGAGGGGGGGGGGGGUUCAUAUGGUUCGGUACCAUACCCGGCCCUUCUGGCUGCACCUCCGCCGUUGCCGCAGCACCACACCACGUCGGCCCCGGAUGGAGUGGAUUAGGUGGCGCUCAUGGGGGCUCUCCACAACCUGACGCUGCAAAACUCCACCAACGGGUGGAUCGCGGAUUCAGGGCUUCUUCUCACAUUACCUCAGACCCAGGUAUGCUCUCGUCGGUUACCCCG